AUGUUGCCCACUCCGUCGACCUCGCAUGUGGCCUUCGACACAAUCUACGAACCAGCAGAAGACAGCUAUCUCUUCCUUGAUACCCUAUCUGACAUCGAUGAGUCCAUAUGGCUCUCCGAAAGAUUUAGCCCGGGAGCAUCUGACCAGGGAAGUGGUCCUCUUCCAACCAGUACCACCUCUCCAUCGCCAGUUGUCGUUGAAGUUGGGACAGGCUCCGGAGUGAUCCUCGGGUUUCUUGCUGCAAACUGCAAGGCAAUUCUAGGAAGAUCCGACAUACUAACUAUAGGCACUGAUGUGAAUCGAAAAGCGUGCAGUGCAACUCGACAGACUGUCAAAGUUGCCAUGUCAGACAAUUACUCGGUGGAAAACUUCAGAGCUACGCCAGCAAACAAGGAGGGAACGAAUGCAAAGGUGCCAAAACCAGCCCAACCCCUUGCUGUGAUUACAGGAGAUCUCUGCUCUCCAUUGCGCGCUGGUAUGGUUGAUAUCCUAUUAUUCAACCCUCCAUAUGUACCAACUCCAGAGCUCCCACAUCUCCCUUCGUCGUUAGAGGCCACCUCUAGUGCAAGCGGGAUGUCCAAAUUUGAAAUUGAGUCUUAUUUCUUAUCUCUCACCUAUGCUGGAGGUGAACAUGGAAUGGAAAUUACGGACCGGUUGUUGGAUUCAAUUCCUCAUGUUUUGAACCCUGAGCGUGGGGUAGCCUACGUCUUGUUAUGUGCGCAGAAUAAACCCCAAGAAGUCAUGGACCGGAUUAAUGGGUGGGGAAACGGCUGGAAGACAGAAAUAGCUGGUAGAAGUGGUACGAAAGCUGGAUGGGAGCGACUAGUUAUCGUCAGGAUAUGGAGGAAUUGA